GAACUUUAAUCACGGAUUCUCUCUCUACUCGCGCAGUUCAGUGACAGGUGAAAAAGCAUGGGUUUGCCAGGGCUGAUCUCCUGGUCUCUUCUGGGAGUCGCAGUCAUUUGCUUGGCUCAAAAUCAACAGAAAGACGGAUACUUUCGCCAAGUAAUUUACGAUCCGAAUCCAGUGGGUCAAAGUCGGCAGAGACGCGACAACACACCGCGUACUAUUCGAGUGGGUAACGUCACCGUGCUUACGGGAGCAAACUGGUCGUUGAACGUCUUUGACUUCGUGAAGGUGAGACGGAAGCCCAGCGGAGGGUUCGAUGUGGAGGUGCAGCCCCCUAAAUUCCUGUCGAAGAUGUUCCCUCCCAAUGGAUCCCGGGUUCCCCCCAUUGGAGACCCUGACGCUUCGCAAGACAUGAAACGCGCCCGACCGAAGCUCAUAUCCAGCAGCAACGCGGAGUGACGCGCUGGCUGCUUCAAGCGACUGAUCCCAUCCCAGAGACGGGUUUCAUUUGCGCCCACACAGCUUGUUUGCAUAUGUUCAUAUUUUACAUAAAAAUAAUUCAGUUCUUUUCCUUUGUUAGAGUGUUUGCCAAUAGCAACACGUAUAUGACAGGCAAACACUAAUAAAUAUAUACUUUAAACAAAAAUAAGUAAAAAUAAAACUAAACUAAGUAACGUUUUCUGUUCGAGACAUCUCACUAAGAAACAGUCCUCUGGAGGUAAUAUUUCAGAACAUCGGUGGACGGACAGAAAUAAACUUUGUACGUUACCAUGGAAAAAGGCCAUACACAACCAGGAGCUGAUUUUCUUAAAAAUAUCGCGGUUUUCCCGCAGUUUUUAACUACAGCAUAUUUUUUGCUGUGGUACCAAACAAUUUAGCUUUGGAACGUAACCUUUUUUAACAAAAUGUUAAAUUCAGUAAUGAGAAAUAAUUAAUUAGAAGAAAAAAAACAGUUUCCGCCCGGGAUCGAACCGGGGACCUUGCGCGUGUGAGGCGCACGUGAUAACCACUACACUACGGAAACGUUACACAACAAUAUACACUCCCUAUGAUGUCUCAGGGCGUGGCAUUAGUUUUAAUUUACAUUCGCUAUUAAACAAUAUCUCACACACUAAAGAAAAUAAACAAACCUGUAAAUUAAUUAUUUUAUAUAUGGACCUCAGUUGGUCAAUAAAUUUCCUAUUUUUAAGGACCA